CUCUCUCUCUCCUCUCUCUCUCUCUCCUCUCUCUCCACCCCCCUUCUCCUCCUCCAAGUCCCCUCUCUCUGUCCUCCCAAAUGGCCAAAUAUCAAAAUAUAAAUAAUUCAACACCCAUGAACAGACUCAUCCCUCCCCCACUUUUCCCUUGCUAACUUGCGCUUUCCCCCUUUAAUGAAAUACUAUAUAGCACCGGAAUCACAAACCCAUUUUCUCUGAUUCCACUUCUUUCCCUUCCCAAGCACUCUUUUCAAAGUUGCAAAACAGUAACUAAAUUAAAGAGUUAUAAGCAUAUUCACUAAUCUCUCUCUCCCCAACUCUCCAAAGAAAAAAAAAAAAAUUCUGUCUCCACCCUGCUACCGUGCGCCGUCAUAGCGCAAGGGAAAAGAGGAACUCAUCAAAAUCCUUCUGUGUCUCUCUCUAAAACCAUCAUCCCGUCUCUAUCUCUAUAUCUAUUCGAAGUAGAUAGAUGGGUGGGUGGAGACUGCUGUUGCUGUGCUUGCUAACGUGCGCCGGCCUCCCACCAUCGAGCCCAGAUCCAGACGACGAGGCCUGCUUGACCCACCUGAGCGAGUCCUUACAAGACCCGAACAAGAAUCUCCGGAACUGGACCAGAGCCACCUUUGCGAACCCUUGCUCCGGCUUCACCUCCUACAUCCAAGGCGCCACCUGCAACAACGGCCGCAUCUACAAGCUUUCUCUCACUAAUCUCUCUCUAAAAGGCUCCAUAUCCCCUUACCUCUCCAACUGCACCAAUCUCCAGUCCCUCGACCUCUCCUCCAACGGUCUCACCGGACCCAUCCCGCCGGAGCUCCAGUACCUCGUCAACCUCGCCCUUCUCAACCUCUCCGCUAACCGCCUCUCCGGCGACAUUCCCCAACAGCUCGCCUUCUGCGCCUACCUCAACGUCAUCGAUCUCCACGACAAUUUGCUCACCGGUCAAAUCCCCCAGCAGCUGGGCCUCCUCGUCCGCCUCUCCGUCUUCGACGUCUCCAAUAAUAGACUCUCCGGUCCGAUUCCGGCUUUGUUGGGGAAUCGGAGUGGGAAUUUGCCGAGGUUCAAUGCGAGCUCCUACGAGGGGAAUAAGGAUCUCUACGGAUACCCUUUGCCGCCGUUGAAGAACAAAGGGUUAUCGAUAUUAGCCAUUGUUGGGAUCGGAUUGGGAAGUGGGUUCUUGAGCUUGGUCCUCAGUUUUACUGCUGUGUGUGUGUGGUUGAGAGUUACAGAGCAGAAGAUGGCUGUUGAAGAAGGCAAAAUUAGUCAGCUCAUGCCUGAUUACUAAUAAUGGUUACAAAUCGAAGUUGACAACCCUUUUGGUUUAUCUUAAUUUGUGUUUUCUUCACAAUUUUUAUUUUUCUUAACAAUUAACAAUGUAUAAAGCAUUAAGCCAUUCAAAUACUACGAGUUCUUAGUGAAAUAUCCUUCUUUUUUACUC